ACGCAAGCGUAUGCGCGCGACUCCACCCAACGGCACAAAACAACUUGGCGAGCGCAGCGCGAGUCAUGGUGUCAAAGAGGGUCUCCUGAAGAACAAACUGCGCGAACUUUCACCAAAAGCGACUAAGAAGCUGCCGACGACCGUCUGGAUCUCACAUAAAUUACAAAAAGUCCACUUUACGAAGGAACUAUGCUUACCGACUGUCGACUUUAAAGCUAGCAGAGCGCAGCUAGCUCAAGAGUUUGGCGCCGCGAACUUCACGAACAGUGUGGAUACAGUGUAAAUAUAGCCAUUUAUAUAAUUUAAUACAAAGUAGUGUGAGGAAAAGAACUCUUUAAGGAUCUCUCCGAGAGUUUAUUCACUGUGUAGUUUGUCCGUGGACGGGAGGAGAUGGCUCAGUCGCCGGUAGCUGUUCAAGUUCCUGGAAUGCAGAACAGCCGAACAGACCCUGAAGAGUUGUUCACUAAACUAGAGCGGAUCGGGAAGGGCUCGUUCGGUGAGGUGUUCAAAGGCAUCGACCGCCGCACUCAGAACGUAGUGGCCAUCAAGACCAUCGAUCUCGAAGAGGCAGAAGAUGAGAUCGAAGACAUCCAACAGGAGAUCACCGUACUCAGCCAGUGCGAUAGUCCUCAUGUCACCAAAUACUAUGGCUCUUACCUAAAGGGUAGUAAACUCUGGAUCAUAAUGGAGUAUCUGGGCGGAGGUUCAGCUCUGGAUCUGCUGAGAGCCGGACCCUUUGAUGAAUACCAGAUAGCCACCAUGCUGAAGGAGAUUUUGAAAGGUUUGGACUACCUGCACUGUGAGAAGAAAAUCCACAGGGACAUAAAAGCUGCCAACGUGUUGUUGUCUGAGUCUGGAGAGGUGAAGCUGGCAGACUUCGGUGUGGCGGGACAGCUGACAGACACACAGAUCAAGAGAGAGACGUUUGUAGGUACACCGUUCUGGAUGGCUCCCGAGGUCAUCCAGCAGUCUGCCUACGACUCGAAGGCUGAUAUUUGGUCUCUUGGGAUCACUGCCAUUGAGUUGGCCAAAGGCGAGCCCCCAAACUCAGACAUGCACCCCAUGAGAGUGCUCUUCCACAUCCCCAAGAACACACCGCCCACCCUCAACGGGGACUUCUCCAAGACUUUCAAAGAGUUUGUGGACUCCUGUCUCAACAAAGACCCUGGAUUUAGACCAACAGCAAAGGAACUCCUGAAGCACAGAUUUAUCGUUAAACAUGCCAAGAAGACAUCCUACCUCACCGAGCUCAUUGACCGGCUGAAGCGCUGGAAAGCCGAGGGUCACAGCGAUGGAGAAUCAAGUUCUGACUCUGACUCGGAGCCCAGCAGUAAAGACAGUGACUCGUCUCCUGAGUGGUCCUUCACCACUGUCCGUAAGAAGAAGCCGGAAAAAAAGCAGCCCAAUGGGAUGGUUGAAGAACUGCAGAAGAAGUCAAGCAGUUUAACCACCGUCAUGGCUCCUGUUUUUUCAGAGCUGAAAUCACAGCACAGAGAUGAUGACAAGACGAGAGGAGUUCUGGAGCAGCUGGAGAAGAGCCUGCAUGUGGCUGAGGACAUCUGUCCUGGUGUCACCGACAGGAUGAUCAGCCAAAUCCUGGAGAGGGUGCAGAGGUUCUCUAUGAGUUAGUGCUACAUUGGGUCUCUGGGAACACGCCACCCUUCUGCUGUCAGCCCUGAUGACUACACCUUAACACACUCACACAUGUACAGAGACACACUAUCUUAUCAUAACCAAAAGGAGUUCUUUUUUUUUUUUUGUCCCAAAGAAUGGAUAUAUAUAUAUAUAUAUAUAUAUAUAUAGAUA